AUGGACACCAAUACAACAGAGGACAUAGAGUCCCUGAUGGAGGACAUGGACUACAUUCCGGGUCAUUUCCACCUGGAUCUGAACCUCAACUGUGAUUCUGCUGGACCUUUGAAACUGAGAGAGCGAGACACUUACCUGAAACAGGAGAGCCUCAGGGGGGAGCUGGAGGCUGAGGCUGGAUAUCUACAGUAUGCUGUACGCAAUCUUCUGGGUCUGCUGGCUUUUCACCUCGAUCACCUUCAAACUGCAGAGGAAAUAUUCCGAGGCAUUUGUAAAGAGGAUCCAGGGAACCUCAACGCUUGGGCUAACCUCGGCUAUGUGUACGACAAGUUGGGAAGAGAGCUGGAUGCUGCCGAAUGUGUGGAGAAAGUGUCCCAACUGAUGGGCGUAGGUGCUGGAGAGACCACCAAGGACGACAGCAGGCAAAUGGCGGCCCGCUGCCUGGCAGAGCAGGCCUAUGUUUACCCCUAUGAUGUGGAGCUGGAGAGAGAGGAUGACUUGAGGGAAAGACUGACCGCUGCCCUAAUGCUCUAUAACAGGGCCCUGGACUAUGGAGGUCAUCUGAUACCAGUGGAAGAAAAAAGAAGCUGGUACUUUAAAAUGGCAACCAUUUAUAUCAGACUGGAUGACAUAGUAAAGACCAAAGAGGAUGCUGAAUACUCCAGACGCUCUCAUUAUAAUAAGGGGCUAAGGCUUCUCAGGGAAACACUUGAAUCUGAUAAAACGCAACAAAAAGCUCUUUCCUGGUGUUACGUUGGCAUCAUGUUGGAGAGGCAGGAUGAAUUCACCACGGUGCCCAUGUCGAUCCAUGACUGUGGAUACUCAGCCACUGAUCCCCUAACCUGCUAUGGCAAUGCCAUAAAGUUGGCUAAUAAUGACGCAUUUAUCCUGAACCUCCUGGCCAAGCUGUUCUUUCUGCUGGGUAAACACGAGAUGGCCACAGGGAUCUGCAACAUGGCUCUCAAUGUGCUGCCGGAUCCGGAGAUCAAUUGGCAGGCAUAUUGUACCCUUGCCAAGAUCAACACAAUGCUUUACAUCAGGGACCUAGAAAAGGCCAAAUGUGGGGAAGGCGGUGUACCAGACCGACAAAUGUUAACCGAGGCCCAGAAAAACUUGGAGAAAGUCUUGGCUGUGUGUCCUUGUUUGAGGACUCACCUAGAGAUUGCACAGGUGUACUACUACAUGGGUGUAGAUGCACUGCAGGAGAGCCUUUUGGUGGAUGAGGGCGCAAUAAAUAACGCUUUGGUGAGUCUGUCCAAGGCCCGACUGUAUGAACUGGGAGACACCUUGCCUGAGCUCCACUUGCUCAAAGGCCGCUGCCUCUUACUCAAGGGCGAGGAACAAAAUGCCGCAGACUGCUUCAAAUGUGCUCUGGACUUAGAAAGGCCAACAAGUACUGAUACCACGGCCUUGCGUUGCCUGCUUCAGGCCUUACUGGCCGUGUUCAUGCAGGAGGGGCCUGAUGCCAACCAUAUCAUCACCCAGAUGGAGCAGUGUUUGAAGAAGGCUGAGGAGAAGUACCCCGAAGAUGUGGUGAAGGCUGAGCUGAGAUGCCUUUACAGGACAAACACUGCAGAUGUCACAGAGCUGUCUAAAGCUCUCAUCAGAACGGGACGACUGGAGUUGGUCAGAAGGCUACUGCAGACAGUAGUGCCUACACAAAAUGCCAAGAAAAGAACACUUAAAAAAUCAUUCUCUUUUGCAUGA